AUGGUCGUCGUCUGUUCACGUGGUGGUGCAUGUUGUCGUUGGCAUUGGCGUCUGUUGACGUGGCUGUCUGUUGACAUUGUGGGGUGUGUCAUGGUCCGUGGGCAUGGUCAUGGUGGUCGUGGUCGUCCCUCAUGGUCCGUUUUCGUCGCCUCAACCUCGCCAGGGCUCGUUUGCUUGCUGACAUGGCAUUGCCGCGUUGUUGUUGAUGUGGUUGUUGUUGGCGGUCGACGACAUUUGUGGGCGGUGGUAGCCACAGGUGACCGUGGUGACGUGGCGUGGGUGGGUAGCAGGCACACGUUUACGAGGAGCGGGGACGUUGGUGGUGGGAGGAGGAGAGGUUGA